AUGGCCCUAACAGAAGACGAUUACCAGCUAUCAUCGGCAGCCAUUUCGACCGCUGAAACGGAUUGCCGUGGCUGGGUGCAUGCCUGGGCCGACCCCGAAUGCUCGUGGAGAGGCUGGUCAGGUGAAUCUAGGCCUAGGGUUUACUACGACGCCAAACUCCGAUACAAAGACGGUGAUGAGUACUUUGCAGUGGAUGGCCUGGGAAGGAGAAUAACAGGACGCGUUCCAUAUGAAUGCACGAUCAAUUCAGCUUCGGGGAAAUUCCAGCGCCUCUGCGUCCAGACCAGAGACUCUUACUGCAAGCUUCCAAACAGUCCCUGGGAUCGAACAUGCAUCAGGAAUGCAGCGCCUAAACUCUUUCGGGUGGCACGAUUUGCUCUAGCGGGUAUCCCUCCGGAGCGAAGAAACAACAUCGGCUCGUGGACUGGACAAGAUUGGUUGUCUGUUGCUUGGCGUUGGGUCCCUGCAAGUCUCGGAGUUACGAUCAUUUUAUUCCUACAACGUCAAGGCCAACCGCUGGGAAAGGAACUCAAUGCUUAUCUACCAUUUCUAUACAAUGGCUAUCGAUAUCCUCGCCUGGCUAGGAAUUUCCGAGAAAACAGAGAGGACGUUCAGUCGCUGCGACCUGAUGACCCUUCAUGGCCCACUGGCAACAUUGGAAUAUACCGGGUGCUGAGGCCUCGAUACCUAUGCUAUCUCACGAAACCGGACGAGGAUGGUGUUAUGACAUGGUUCGAGGCAAGGCCUGUACCAGAUAAUGACAAUACGCCUUAUGUUUUCAUAUCCUAUACCAAAGCCCAGUUCCGUGGGGGCCAGAAUUACAACCACCUUUUCCUUUGGGCGAUCCACGCUACACAAGAGUACGCCAAGUCUAUCAACGAUGAGGAACGCCGUCCCAGGGCGUUUUGGCUCGACACCCAUUGCCUACGUAUUCUCGAAGGGGCGACCGACGAGGAGAGAAGAAGACUAGCUGAUCAAGCCAUUUACAGCAUGAGUGAUGUCAUCCGGGGAGCAGAACACACCGUCGUCCUUGCGAGACGGGCGGGCGAUGAAAUGCGCAGUUCGUCUGCCGUCUCCGACACCAAUGAAGCAUUACGCGAAUGGGGCGACAGAGUUUGGACUCUGCCAGAGGUUCUCUUGAGCAAGGGAGACACUGUCACAGUCGUCGUGGAUGGAGCACCCCCCACCAGGAUUCGGAAGCUGCAGCUGGCACAAGCCGCCUGGACGGACGUUGCCCACUCAAGACAGUUGGUGGAACAUUUCACCAACCUCCACCUGACGCGUCUGGAGCUUGUGAGCAUCGCCCUGAGAUGCUUGAAGAACAGAAAGUUAGAACUCGAGUACCAGGGAGACCGGAGCUAUGCCCUUAUGGGACUGCUUCGCGUUCGACCAGGAAUCGACAGUACCGACUCAUCAUUCCAAGCAUUCGCCAGGCUCUCCCUACCUCAAGAUAAUGAUCGGCUGAUGGAGCGUUUGAUAUGCCUUCUUCCCAAUGAUUCAUAUGAGCCUUGGGAUAAGAUGUCAGACCAGUACAAAUCAACCCUUUGGGACAUAUACCCUGAUACGCAAGUUUGUGGCAUUGGAGAGAACGACACCAUCAUCAUAGACGGUUUCAAGGGGGCCAUGAUCCAGUGGUCUAUGUUCAGCACCGUUCAAACAACCAAACGGAUGACAUGGUUCCGAUUCAUUAUAACUCUGGCCACAAUGAUUGUCCCCAUCCUGUUUUUCUUCGGGAUACCCUUGGUGGCCAUGGAACCCAAUUCCGCUUUCAUUAUCUUCUUAGUGAUUCCAUCAGUAAUUCUGCUAGCAACUCCGUUCUACGUCCCGUGUUUGUAUACUGGCAAGCUGACCGAGGCUGAGCCUUGCCUAUUCGGUGUUGAAGGCUACCUCCCACUACCUUUGAUCGAGGAAAUGCUCUUUGGCGAGAGGAUGGAUCGCAUAACUUGGAGCGCAUAUGGAUCGCCACUCUCUAGACACCGGUACCGACACGGUUAUCGAGAGCGACAUGCCCGAGACGAUGUGGAAGGAGCUGCCAAUCAACCAUUUCUGGAUUCAGCUGUCUACACUUAUCCCGUCGAAGCGCUCGAUCCUUGCUCCCCAUGUCCCCAAUGUGUCACCGGAGAGCAAGGUCGGGUUUGCACUCAUCCAACUACAACAUCAGUCGACAAAAUGUCGAGAAGUCCUUUUGGUGAAAUGAAGGUGUUCACGCUCAUUGACACCCAUUCAAUGACUGCCACACUGUUCGAAGCUUAUCGACCUCCUGUAAUGCUGAUGAUCGGGGGAUCCGAAGGUGGCAUGAAGCGGGCUCUUGCAUGUUCAUACGACGUCGCCACGGGGACUUUAUACCGCGAAACAGUCCUCCGAAUACCCUCACGUACGGUUGACUGCAUGCACUCUCUACAACGCGUCCGACUGGGGCUGAAGAAUCCCCGCACAGGACAAGAUGUUGAGGAUGUUUCGCUCGGAUCGUCAUUAAGUGGUGGGUCCCCGUAUGGCGAAGUAUCUAACGGAAGUCCGCCAUACGGCCGGUCAAUGAAUAUCCCGUGA